AUGGACGACCUCAAACAACUGGACCCGACCCUCCCGCACCAUCGCGACAACCAAACCCCCCCUGUCCCGGACAAGAAGCCCAUUGAAGCUGACUCUGCUUCCAUACCACUCGAGGGUAUCAAACCUACCUACAGCUCAGCCCUCAAGAACCCGCCAUCCGUCAACGCAGAGCCUCCGAGCCCAUAUCUCUGCUCAGAGUCCGACGCUAUGGGAUUCACAAAGGUUGAGAUGCCUGCCACCGUUCUCGAGAACGGAGGUCAGAGCAAGGGACCAAGACAAGCUCUGCCCAAAGGUCUCGUUGCCACUCGUUUUGCCAAUGCCAACGUUCCUCCCCCUCAGCGCGCGCUGUCACCCCCGUCAACCACCACCUCGGCCUCCUUUCUCGAGUGCGAAGACUUGAUCAACCUUGAAACCGACAAUUCGCAAUCUACAAGAGAUACCUCGUCGCAGGACUCGGUUCUGCAAGCUCGGUGUGACGAGAACGUUCCUGCCUCGGCUUUGGAGCUGCGUUUGCACCGCGAUAUCGACGACCUACGCCAGAAGCUCAGGUCCUCGAAAGCUCAGGCAGAGAUCGCCGAGGAAAGAGCAGACAGAAUGGAGAAGAGGAUUCAGGAGAUCAAGAGCGUCAAGGCUCCCAAGCUCACGGACGCGGAGAGAGAUAUCAAUUCGCUGUACUCAAGUGUCAAUGAGCUCAAGACGGAGAACUCGGCCUUGAAAGAGCAGUUGAGGGACGCCCAGUCGCACAUCUUCAGCCUGCAGCCUUAUCGCAAGGAGCUCACGCCGGAGGAGGUUGGUCGCCAAUACGACGAUCUCGUUGAGGGCAUCACCGAUUGGGUUGCCAAGUUCAUGGCACCGCUCCUCGACAAUCAUGCCAAAGGCGUCGAUGAACUCCUAACCAACUCGCGCAAACGGCCGACUGAGGCGCACAAGCUGAAGCACGCAAUCCAAACCCACGCGGAUCUAGUCCACGGCACAAUGUUCCCCGAAACAGAUGAGGAUGUGAUCAUUUCCAUCAUUAUGAGAUUCCUCAACGACAGCAUUUUCCAAAAGAUUCUGUACGGCUCCUGCGCGUCAUUUGUGGAGUCUCUCAGUUUCAUAGAGAUGGCGCUGCAGAACACUGUCGAGCCCAAGCGAGAUCUAUUCGCCAUUCGGACAUGGACCGCGGAGGCCUACAAUGCCAUCGUGAGCUCUCGCGAAUUCAGAGGCGUGCGAGAGAAGAGGAUGCGUGAGAUGACGAUUGAGCUUGCAGGCAUUUUCAAAAUUCUCUGCAAAAAGGACCAGCUCGAUGUGUUCUACAAGAACUUUGAAGAGAACUGCGUUAGGCCUGCCAUGCAACUCUACGAGAAGAUUCAGAUUUCGACCCACCACUUCUACUUUGACAUCAAUCCGUACAUCCUGUGGGGAUCCGAAGGCGAGUUCCAGACAUCCACGGACUUUCUCGACAGCGUGUCAGACCUGGACUGCAAGAACAUUCUGCAGAACCGCAAGGCGUUCAGCAUGUCCAAGAUGGACCCGCCUCCUUCCAAAAAGGAGCUCUACCACCGCCUACUCAACGUCUGCACGAUCACCCCUGCACUCUACAUGCGUCAGAUCGGGCGCAAGGAUUCUAUCAGAGAGCCUCAGAUUGUCCGGCGUCAACAAAUGUUGGUGGCAUGGGGUCUCCAAGACAAGAAGGAGGCCUUCAUUCGAGAUGGGGAUCAAACGCUACUCAACCACCUAUACACUGCCAGGAACGAGCGCGAGAAGGCAGAGGCAGGUGGAUGGGCGACUUUCCGUUGGCCAGGCUAG